AUGGUUAAACUAGUGACUGUGGAACUGUAUCUCAAUGCAAAUGACGAAUCUUCUGACUGCCCUGUGUGUGGAACAACUGGUAUUUCUACUGUGCCAAUUAAUACUGCUUUACCAGAGGAAUUGAAAACAUUCUUUAUCCCCACUCCACAACAAAUUGAUCUAUUAAACAGUUCAGGAAAAUUCCAGUAUUGUGCAUUGAUGGACAGAAUCAAUCAUUACAAAUCCACCAUCACAAAGUUGAAUGACAAAAUUAAAAAACAAAAAGAAUUCCUAUAUGCUGCAAAAGAAGAAAUUACUCACCUUAGUAAAUACAAAUCAAAAGUCGAAGAACUAAACCAAGAAAUCGAGUCACUUAAAAAUCAACUAAAUGAACGUGAUCGACCAGAAACAUUUGAUCUUUCUAAUGAAGACGGUGAUAGUGAAUUGGAUUUACACCAACAUCUUGGUCACCACAACAAUCUUAAUAACAAUUUCUUACCACAACGAUCACCACCAAUAACAUCACCCACUGCUAUUACAAGCACUCCUACUGCACUGCACACGUUUAUUGAGAAAGUCCAUAAACAAUCGUCACAAAGAGUGAUUCCCACCUCUAGGAGUAAUAACAAUUUAAAACCAGCACAAAGUCGAAGGCAUUCAGAAGUGCAACAUAAACCCUCUUUUUUUGCUGAAUCCACAAAAAUCGGGGAAAUCAAUUCCAAUAGUCAUUCAUCCAGUGGAAGUUCUCAUGGAUCAUCAACAAACAGUCUAAAUCGGUUCAAUUACAACAAACCUUCAAGAGCACGACCUUCAACUAGUCAAAUUGCAUCAAGAAUAACAGCCAAUAUGAAAGUAGGUUCCCCAAUAGGUACUGGAGGUACAGUAUCUGGAGACUUUAGACCAAAGAAAAUAUCACGAAUAUCCAAGACUCCAACAUUAACAAGAGCUUCACGUCGUGUCAGCGAAUCUUCACCUUAUUUUGGAACUUCUUCUCAUUCAAAAUUUAAACAUUAA